AUGGAGACUCUAAAUUCAUCCUACACUACCAAUACCAGCAGCGAUAGUAACACCAGCCUCUUCUCUCGAAGUAUGUACUCAACAGUGGAGAUUGUUCUCAUCAUCCUGGUGGCGGGAUCUCUAAGUCUGAUCACCGUCAUCGGAAACAUCCUCGUCAUGCUCUCCAUAAAGGUAAACAGGAACCUGCAGACAGUCAAUAACUACUUCCUGUUCAGCCUGGCAUGUGCAGACCUCAUCAUUGGCAUCUGCUCCAUGAACCUUUACACUGUCUACAUUGUGAUUGGCUACUGGCCCCUGGGAGCAGUGGUGUGUGACUUGUGGUUGGCUGUUGAUUAUGUUGUCAGUAACGCCUCCGUCAUGAACCUACUCAUCAUCAGCUUUGACCGUUACUUUUGCGUCACCAAACCGCUCAGCUACCCUGCGCGCCGCAGCACCAAGAUGGCAGGCCUGAUGAUAGCAGCUGCCUGGGUCUUGUCCUUCAUCCUGUGGGCUCCAGCUAUUUUGUUCUGGCAGUUCAUCGUGGGCGGAAGAACUGUGCCACCAGAUCAAUGCUACAUCCAGUUCUUUUCCAACACAGCGGUGACAUUUGGAACAGCCAUAGCAGCUUUUUACCUACCUGUAGCCAUCAUGAUCCACCUCUACUGGCGCAUCUCCAAGGCCAGCCGCAGCCGCAUGAGGAGGAACAGCAGGAAGGCCUCAAGUACCAGUCUGGGGGAAGGCCCCGAGCCCAGCCAGGAGGAUGGGAUCGAAAGCCAUAACAAUUGUAUCCCGACAAAAGAUGCUCAGGAGGAAGCAGAGAAUGAAAAGGAGGAAGAAAUGUUGCAGCAGCAGCAGAACGGAAGCGGGCCCUGCACAGAGGACAGACCAGACCAGGUGGACUCCACUACAGACAGCACCAUUGAGUCAACAUCGAAGGACACUGCUGAGAGUGCAUCAGAAGUUGGCAGGAAAAACCUAACUCAAACACAGACACCUUCUCCGGACAACUCAGCUGCUGACAGGCAAACUGUGGUUGCAAGGACACUGUUAAAGGUAACGAAGCAGAAUGCGGUGGCGAGGUGGAAAAAGAAGGGCAUUUCCUCCAGGGAGAAGAAGGUGACGCGUACCAUCAUGGCUAUUCUGGUAGCUUUUGUUGUCACAUGGACGCCGUACAACGUGAUGGUCCUGAUCAACACCUUCUGUUCGGUCUGCAUCCCAAACUCUCUCUGGACCAUCGGCUACUGGCUUUGCUAUAUCAACAGCACCAUCAACCCAGCCUGCUACGCCCUCUGCAACGUCACCUUUAAGAACACCUUUAAGCACCUACUGCUGUGCCAGUAUAAGAACAUACGCACAGCACGAUGAGGGGGAAAACGCUGACUCAUGUUUUUGAUGGAGUAAAAUAACGUGAUUAAUACUGUUAACUGAAACAACAGAAAUACUGACGUUAACAUGUUGCUGUAUUAUAGACUAGGGGUGCUCUUGUUGUGCAUUUCUUUUGGAAAGGUACAAAUUACUCCCACUUCCAUUACAGUGAAACCAUGUUUACAUUUAUAAUUACAUCACAUAUAUACUACACUGAUUUUAAAAACAUAUAGCAUUGUAUUAUAACUCUUGAGACAAUGCCUUCAUUGUGGGGAUUUACUCUGGCAGGAUGUUUUCCUCCUCACUCCUUAUAAAUGAAUUUGUGCAAUACAUCGCUUGAUAUGCAACCUAUUUUUACCCAAACAGUGUAAUAGUGAUUAAUGUGAUGGUUUUGUGACCAAAACAGUGAUUUCAAAUCUAGUAUAACAGUUCAAGACUAGUAAAAAAAUAAAAAGAAGACAAUAUUCUUAAAAAAUGUAUUAUUGACUUAGAGAUGAGUGUUAUGACCAAAAUUGAGCUGAAAAAAAAUCUAAUUGAGAUGAAAAAAUAGAUACAAUUGUAUUAUUAGCUGUUAACAGAUGUUGGUGUGUGUGUCAGUGUGCAUGUGUAUCUGCUGUAUGAUGAGAGAGAGUAUGAGAGAGUGAGAGAGAGAGUUGUGCAUGUACCCUCUCUGGUAAGAUUUAUUCAGUCAUAUGAAGAAAAAGACGUCUGUAAUCCAUGUUGUUGUAAAAUGAGCCCAGAUGUGAUGGUUGUCCAAAUCUUCCCUUCUUUGUCCAUGCAUUUAAACAUGUUUUCUGUAA